AAUGUGACGAGUCGGCGCGGUGAGGACCUUGUGAAUAACGGUCCUACCUGUUUUGUUGCAUGGACAUUAUCGCCUGCUUCGAAACAUCCCAUAUAUCACAUCGCAUCACAUCCUAUGCAUUCAGCUUGAGCUUCAGGCUUAGGCUUAACAAUGGUGUAUGGCGAUCACAACCUGUCAAAUCCAACCUUGAAGCAAUCCAACGUUAACGUUUCCGAUCAUCAGAGCAUGUCCAAGAACCACAUCUCACCCAACCGUCGCAGGUUUCGGUCCAGAAGGAGGAAAACCACCGCUGCUUGCCCCCACUCAUCGGUCAACCUCCGCGCAUACGACGUCGACGGCACCAACAGUCCCUAUUACAAGGGUCUGACUGACCAUUCCCUUGCGAUUGUGAACACCAUACCCUCCUGUGCUCAACCUCAUCCUCACGCCCCUUCCUCCUACCUCCUUUCCAGUCCUUAUUACAAAGGCCUUACGGACUAUUCCCUUGUUAUUCGUCCCUGGACUCCUCACAACCAUCCUCUUCCUUUUCCCCACAACUCCCUCUCCUACACCCCUAGUCCUUACUAUGCAGGUCUUCUCACUCACUACACCCUUUUCUUUCAUGCACGCUCACUUCAACCUUCUUUCACUACAAACCUUCCAAACAUCAAGAACCCUACUUUGAAGGACUUGAUGCUCGAUCCUCAUCACGUUGGCUUUGUUACUCAAGAAACUGCUCAAGUUGGCAAUCAUGCAUUGGAGGAACUUGGGGAGAAAACUGCUGCUGUGGUUGAUCAAGAGAAUGACGUUGAUGUUGAGAUGGUGAUGACUGAAGAGAAGGCCUUGGGGGAGAGUGUAUUCGAGCAGGCUACUGAUGAGGUUGAGGGUGUGUCAGAAGAAGCAAUCUUUGAUACAAAGUUGAUGAGUGAUGAUGAUGUUGUUGAAGAGAAGCCAUUGGGGGAGAAAUCAUCGGAAACAAGCGAGAUGGAUUUGUGGAAGGAAGAGGAAGUGCAAGAAGUGUUGCCUCUUGUUUCAUCAGAAGCAGUUGUUGUUUCGUCUGAAUCUGAUUAUACAUGGGCAGCCAAAUACCAACCCAUGGCCUUGGAAGAGUUCAUCUGCAACAAAGACAUAGCAAGUCAACUCAAAACAAUGGUAGAAGGUGGUUGUGGGUGCAGCCACUUUAUAUUUGAAGGACCACCAAGCGUGGGGAAGAGAUCCAUGAUAAGGGCUAUGCUUGGAGAGGUAUUCGGCUCCGACAGGGUCCAGGUCGAAGAAGAAUAUAGAAACUUCAUUUUGAAGGGAGAAAUGAUUGAUAGUGUGCAAGUGCGCGUAAAGAAAUCACUCCAUCAUGUCGAGGUGAAUCUGUCAGAGACAAAUGGAUACGAAAAACAUGUAAUUGUUGAUUUAUUCAAGGAAACAUAUGGGCAGGUGAUAGAUAACUCGCAACCUUGUUAUCCAGAAAACUGCAAAGCAAUCGUUUUGUACGAGGCGGAGAAGCUGUCGAUAGAAUCGUUGUUGUAUAUUAAGUGGCUGCUAGAGAAGUACGAAGGGUGUAAUAAGGUUUUCUUCUGUUGCUCUGAUGAAUCUAAGCUUCAACCUGUGAAGCCACUUUGCAUCACUCUCCGCCUUUCAUCGCCAUCAACCCAAGAGCUAGCUACGAUUUUGGAAAACAUUGCAAAAGCAGAAGGAAUACAGUUAUCACGCCACUUGAUCGAUACCAUAAUUUUGAGGUCCAAGAACAACCUACGCCAGGCCAUUCGUUCGUUAGAGGCCACUUGCCGAAAUAGGGAUGCUGUCAAAGAGAACGACGUGAUUCUAACUGGUUGGGAACAAGAUAUUCUGGAUAUUGCCAAAAAAAUAAUCCAAGAACAAAGUCCACGACAGCUGUACGCCAUUCGUAGAAAGCUACGAAGUCUUAUGAGCCAUGAUGUUCCUCCUGAGUUUAUUUACAAGUCUUUGGUACCAGAAUUAACCACUCUUGUUCAUCACUCGCUACGCCCAGGGAUUGCCAAACUCGACAGGGACUUCAUGAGACCCAGUGAAAUCAAAUUUGAAACCAUGAAGCAGCACUUCUGUCAUGUUCCAAAACAGUCCGAAUCUGAUGAGAAGAACACUGAUUCAACAAAAAAGAAUGCCUUAACUUACUUAAAAGUAGAAGAGUUUAUAGCGAAAGUGAUGAGCUGGUACAAGAAUUGGUCUGAAAAAGACAGUAAGCUGUAGCGCGUGCAGCAACAAGUUGUGUCUGUUAAAUAUGAACCCAAUAAUGAUAAUCAUUGUCACGAAAAUGUGGCAAGAACACCUUUUUACACAGCAAUAUAUGU